GCUCAAUGGCAGCGUGUCCACAAGAAUCCGGCAGUCCUACCGACAACCUAAAGUCAAGAUUGCAGUUUAGAUAUUUCUCGUAGGAUAUGGAAAGUAUGCUCCUCUUAAACUCUCUUACAAAACCAACCCCUUUAUAUAAGAGUAACGAUUAAUUUAUUUAAGAUAACAUCUAUACGUACCAACAUCAUUCUAAAAUAAAUACUCCCUCGUCUGAUAUGAAAAGGAGGGAGUAUUCAUUCUAGAAUGCUCCCUAAACGCGUGCUUGGGUCCUUGAGACGUUGACGAUAGUGCACUUUCCGUUAGACUCCACUACAAAUUCCGCAGAGCAGCAGGUCACUACUCACAAGUGUACCUUGUAUAUUCUCCCCGUAGCUUCGAUGAAAUGCUCAACUCGACACCACAAAAUGUGCCACGAAACCACCCGCUGGGCAGAAGCGUACUGGACUACUUGUGCCAGUGAUCCAGUCCACUUUCCUCCCGACCCUGCAAAACAAGUUGCUGCACCCUGCACCGCUGGUGCACGCAUUCAUGGGCGCCGCGGCAGGGAAGGCAGCGGAAGACGUCGCGGCCGCGUCGACGAUGACGCGCGCCGAGUACCGGCUUGCCGUUGCCGAGCAAGUCAUACUCGGGUGGCACUGCGCGCGCUCGUCCGGCGCCGACCUCGCCGGCGUAUGGGACUCGGACGCGACCUGCACCAACGAGAGCCUCCUCUCCGCGGUCGACGAGGUCCUCCUCCUCGCGGAGAUCCACGCGUUCCCCAUGGCCUCCGCCGCUCGGCGCAGCAUGCAGGAUGCCCUCGACGUCGCCGUGUCAUGUCUAAUGGAAGAAUUCCUUCGCCUCAAGGUGUGGGACGCUUCCCAGAUGGAAGUCAGGCUCGGCGUUCGCUUCGCCGUCGGGAAGUUCUCGAUGCCCGCGGCGGACAGUGGAGUGUCGCUGUCGCUCGCCUUCCCCACCACCGGCAGCAUCAGCACGGCGAGCACCAUCGACGAGCUGUACGCGUCAGGCGGGAGCCAGUCGAGCAGAGUUGGCGCGGUGACCAUGCUCUUGGACGGCGAGUUCUUUGAUGAGCUCGAUCUGAUCAGCCCGGCAAGCUUGUCCGUCCUCCAUCAGAUCGCUCUCCGGGUGAUCCGCGCCGGCUACACGAAAGAACUGCUCCACGCAUUCACCAACGCUCCCUGCGAUGUUUUAGACAGGUUCCUGACGAUCCUUCAAAUGGAAUGCGCUUUCGAAACCGACCAUGUCAGUUUCGAGGACGCGGAGUGGUGGACAGCAGAGGACAUGAUCAAGCGGUGGAUCUUGGCAACAAAGCUCGUCGCGAAGGCCCUCGCCGUCAUGCAAAGGCAGCUCCAAGCACAGAGCUGCGGAGCGUUCGACAGGUUCAAGAACGAUUACUUCAUGGCCAUCGCGAAGAACAGCAUCUUCGUCCUGCUCAGAUUCGCGAACGGGUUCACUACCACGGAAGCACCGGACAAGCUCGUGUAUGUCCUGGAAAUGUACGAGGCACUGAGCAACGCGACUCCGGGACUCCUGCUCCUGUUCACCGAGCAACGCGUUGAGCUCGUCUCCCGGCAGGUCGAGGUUGUUCUCGCCAAGCUGGCGCGCGCGCUGAGAGCCAUGAUCGGCGGCCUCAUCGCCAGGAUCCGAAAGGCAGAUUGUCCCCAGACGACGGGGAGCGCCGCGCGCGGCGUCGGCGUCCAUCCGCUGACGCGGUACGCCAUGACCUGCGUCGAGCUGCUGUCGCCGCACCGCGCCGCGCUGGACCUGAUCCUCGCGAACGGCGCCGGCGAGAGCGUGACCUCGCUGGGAAGCCUAGUGGCGGUGCUCGUCACGAGCCUGGAACGACACCUCGAGGAGAUCAACCCCAAGCUGUCCAACGACGACGACGACGCGGCUGCAGCAGCUGCAGCCUCGCGGCACCUCUUCCUGGCCACCAACGCGAGCUACGUGGCGAGACGCGCCGUGGACGCCGGCGUGGAGCCUCUGCUCGGAGACGGGUGGGCCGCGCGGCGCGGGAGCCUGAUCGCGCGGUACGUGGCGAGCUACGUCGAGGCGUGUUGGGCCCCGGUUGCGGCUUGCCUGGAAACCGCGGGGAGGAAGCCGGUGAAAGUUGCCGCCAAGUUCAGCUCCGCGUUUGACGAAGCGUACGAGAGUCAGGUGCACCGCGAGAUUCCCGAUCCCGCGCUGCGCGACGCGCUGCGGAAGGCCGCGUCGGAGAUGGUCGUUCCCGCUUACAGCGCAUACUUGCAGAAUCACCCCAAGCUCCAGAAAAACGUCAGGCACACCGCGGGCGAGCUGGACCGGUUGCUGUGGGAGUUGUUCGAAGGAGAAGCGGCGGAGCGCAACAAAUUGUUGCUGUAAUUUUAGGACAGCGCCAGAUUCUUUUGUAAUACUUUCUCUAUUUCAAAUUAGCUAUAUUUGGCUUUGUAUACUGCUCAUGUUAAACAUUUCUGUUUUGAUCAUUGAUUUCUAUAA